AUGAGUCAGGAGGAAGCAUCGUCGUCGCGAGCUCCUCUGAGUCCAGAGGAAGCCAAGGCGGCCACUCUUAAGCAGAUCGAAUUUUAUUUUGCGGAUGCGAACUUGCCCUUCGACAAGUUCCUGUUCACGCUCACGCGCAAGGAUCCCGAGGGCUGGGUGCCGAUUGAGACGCUGGCGUCGUUCAAGCGCAUGCGCCCGAUGCGUGAGGUGCUGAACACUCAGGAGAUGGCAGAGGCGCUUCGCAAGUCUGAGGCGCUGCUUGAAGUCGACGCUGAGGGCCUGCGUGUGCGGCGCAAGGCGGAGCUCAAGCCCGUCACAGACGCCCAUACACGCAGCAUCUACGCCAAGGGCUUUCCUGAUGAGUACGAGGGCUUGCAAGAGGAGCUGGAGGCAUUCUUUGCUCAGUUUGGCAAGAUCAACGGCGUCCGAAUGCGCCGCGAAAACGAAAAGCCGCGCAAGUUCAAGAACAGUGUGUUUGUUGAAUUCGCCGAUGCAGCAGAGAAGGACGCGCUCCUGGCGAAAGCCAAGGCGGUCGAGCCCGUCGAGGACGGUGGUCAUGGUGUGCAAUACAAAGACGUACAGCUCCAGGUGAUGAGCAAGCCUGCCUAUGUCGAGAUGAAGAUGAAGGAAAAGGGGAUCGACCCGAGUGACAACAAGCCUUCGAAGGGUGGUCGCAAGUUUAAUGCAUUCCGUGAAAUGGAGCGAGAGCGCCAUAGUGGAUCGGACGAGCCCAAGAGCACACGUUCUGAUCCGCUCGAGUUCGAAUACAAUGGCCAGCUGCUGUGCACAAAGCCCGACGGCACGGUGGAUGCCGAGAAGGUCACAUUCCCUGCUCAGAGUGUGCUGCGCUUCACAAACGCCGCUCAAGGUGGUAGCUGGAAGGACCUGAAGGACACGCUCACGACGCUGCAUCCAACGUCGUUUGUCGAUUUCCCCGCCGAUGCCGUCGAAGGUGUGGUUGGCUUCCGCGAGUCCGUGUCGGACGACAAGCUGCGUGAGAUCCAGGACAAGGGCAUUACGGUGGGUGGCUCGGCUGUGAGCUGGGAACGCGUGAACGAAGACAAGGCGCGCGACUUUUACGUGGAGCGCGCCAACUUCCGCGCCUCGUUCCUGCUGGACCGCCGCGAAGCCGACCGUCACGCGCCCCGACGCGGACACCGCGGCCAUGCUCGCGGCGGUGGCCGUGGCGGCCGUGGCGGACGCCCUGCACCUGCGCCCCCGUCGAGCGACAAGCGCAAGCACGCUGAUGAGCCACCACAAGUGGAAGCUAAGCGCAGCAAGACGGACGAAUAG